UCUUCGUACUCUAGGGUCGGAAUUAAUAGUGAACCAUUCGUUGAUUUUUUCCGGCUGGUAUGGAAAACGGUUGCACUUGGAGAAAAUAUUUUCAGUGCAACAACGAAGAUGUAGCACCAAACAUUUGAGCGAGAAACCCACUUGGCUUGGCAGCCCAAAUGUCGCUAAGGCUUCUGCUGUUAGCUGUCUUAACAAUUCCAGAGUCACUAGGAGUGACUGGGCAGUUUGUCGACAGCAGCUUGCAUGGGCUUUCUUCAGCCAUUCAACCCAACCUUUGCCAGCCACAUUUAAGCUUAACACGCUUGAAUCGAAGUCAGCCAUUUUCUUGUGUGCAUAGCGUACACAUGCACCAUGAUUAAUAAUUGAUUAUAGUCUUAACUUCCUAAAGUGAAGUCUGGCUGUAUUUUGAAAAUAAAAAUUGCCUGAACAAUUUGGGAGAUUUCAAAAUUUGACGAUUACUAUAACCAAUACCAUUCAGUAACGCUGGAAUGUGAAGGGAAAGAACUUAAAGUCGAUCUAAUGAUUGUUAAACUGCUUCUGUCGAAUCCUAGGUAUUUCGCACUCUUUACUAACCUUCUCGUCACAAUUGGCACAAUGCUUGAAUUCGUAAGCGAGAACAACUUAAUUAAGAUAUGUUUUGGGGGCUCCUAGUCGGCAUUCAAAAAGCUGUCGUUUUCCAGGUCAUCCUAAAAAAACGUAUUUAAUGCGGCAAACGUUCAGAGCUUUGAUUUCUUAUAAAAACUUUCACUUUUUACUAAAAUGUGUAGUGAUUUUCACUGACCUUUAAUAGAAAUAAUUUUCCCGCAAUGAUAUAUUCUCUGAAUUCUCCCUUUGUUCUAAUCUGUCUAAUACAAAGUUUGUUUUUAGCAGGUGAGGCUAGGGGCAUUAAUCAACAUUCCGGUUAGCGGAUAGAACUGUUUUUGUUUCCUGGGAAGGGUCGUCUCAGUAAUGAGGCAAAAUUAGACCUAAGAUUGCUCACUAGCGUUUUAGGAGUUUAGCAUUAAAAAGAAAUCGAACUUGGGCGCUCUUAUCUUUGGCUACUAGAAAGAUAUGCGGCAGCCUUUGAAAUUUCCAGUUUCAACGAGCUCUCUUAAUGGGUUCUUGGAUGCCAGCUGAAGAUCUGAUCGACGUAUGUAUGUUAACCGCCACCCGUGGGCCAAUUCAUUAUUAAUAUGAUAGUCCCAUUUGAAAAAUUUGAAUAUUUACACGUUGUCUCUUGAAGCCAUACUACGAGGAAAGACAUGGAUGUUACUUGUAGUGUAUUAAGUGCUUUAAGAUCUAUUUUCGAUUCUGUAAGAUUCAACAUUGAACACCUCGCAGAGAAAUAUCCACCUCAACGUGGGAUUACUGUUGCCGAAAAGGUUGAAAGUUCUCCCAAACGUUUAAAAGUCGAGGAGGUAAAUCGAGACGUUCAGCUGGAGGCUCUCACGUUGAUCCUCAAACUUUGGCUGCGAAGAAUUCAUCUCACUGAGGAGGAAGGAAGAAGGGCACUUCGAAACUUUGAAGCCGAAAUUAACCUCACUCAAAAGAAUGUUAUUGAGCCAUACAAAGCCACUUUGCUUUCGAGUGAAUCUAAAGAACCAGAAGAGUUACUAAUGGGAAAAUUGGACAAAAGUUUGGAGAGAGCUUGUACAAGACUGUUGACAGAAAUGAAAAAAACAAAUUUUGAAAUGCUCGAGGAGGACCAAAGGAGAUUGAAUAUGGAAUCGGCCUUUGUUAGUUCUCUACUUGGACUUAAACUUGACUUUCUUGAUUGCCUGGAGGAAAUGGAACCAGAAUUUCGUGAUCACUGGACACUUAAAGAGUGGAUAGUUACUUUCCUCCAAAACAAUUAUCGUUCUAUGGAGACGAGAGACAAAACCUCGCCCACCAAAGAUCUGCUUGGAGAGAUGGGUUUUGAUCCAUCGAGCGCAGCCAUUGAAACUAUCCUUAAGCGUGCCGAUGAAAUGCAACAUCACAUUGAAGCGUGCGCGUGGGCUGAAAUUUUCAUUGCCGACGAGUUUAAGUACAACCCUUUGUUGUCUCCUUUUGUUCCAAAGUUUUCUGUUGGUGAGUCAUCGGGAUUUCAUCUCCCAAACAAACCUGGCGAAGAAAGUGAAAAUGGCGAACAACAGUGUCAACUCAAACCUGAAAUUGUCUCCUUCGUGUGGCAGGAACAAGCCGACUUUCUCGGAAUCUCUCAAGAUGUUCCUUUUGUCCCACAUGCGCAAGGCUCUAUCGGAAUCCACGCUCGCGAUUUUCUAAGAGAUCGUGGACUGUCAGAUGACCAACGAUACAUGCUUCUGUUUCACGGCACAGAUCACCAAAGUGCCGCCAACAUUUUAAACAGGGGAAUAUAUCUACCUGCUGGAAGACAGAAGCGCGACUUUAGCAGUGGAAAGGGAUUUUAUGUUACAACAAGUUUGGACCAUGCGUUCAAGUGGGCGAGAAGCACGACUUCAAAGCCCGCCAUAUUGACUUUUCAAGUCGAGCGCAAUGAUCUUCUGAAUGCUAAAAAACUGGAUUUGACCAGUAACGUAGAGGAAUGGAAGAAAACUGUUCAUUACUUUAGGUCAGACGAGGGACCGGUCUAUAUAGGAAAAGAAAUAACAAAGGCGUACGACUUGAUUGAAGGACCCAUGGCCACAGCGAGCAGUUCAAGCGAAACAAGUGACCAGUUGAUGUGGCAGCCAAAACAUUCAUCUUAUCAACUGUGCUUGAUUUCAGAUGAAUUUGCCAAGAAGUUCUCUCAAACCUUGCAUUUGAUUCUGCUUUUGUAAAUUUUGGCCCCUCUCAUUGGCCUAAAGUUGUUAAAGAUGUCGAAGCUGAAAAAGGAACAAUUUUUCAGCAUGAUUAAAGGGCGGUCCGGGUUCGAGUCCUGGCCGGGGAC